AUGAGACUUUCAUCACUUGUAACGGCAACCGUUUUCUUUUCCACGGCCCUGUGCCUGCCCGUGCGCUCGACAAACCCGUUACCCUCCGGAACGAGCGUGCCCGACGAGGCCAUUUUAGCGUUUAUCGACCUCACAGAGGACGAUGACGUUGCUGUGGUACGUGCCUCGAAUGACACGAACUCCGGCCUGCUGCUCGUAAAUACCACGCUACUCGCAGCCAUGGAACACGACCACGAAGCGCAGGCCCACAAGCGCGACGCCGAACCCUGGCACUGGCUGCGGCUCAGCAGCGGCCAGCCACUCUACAAGCGCGCUGCAGCACCUUGGCACUGGCUGCGCCUUGGCAAGGGCCAGCCGCUAUACUGA